CGUUUGACAGGACGGCUCCACAACAAGCUGUGGCAUUUGAGCUCAGUGCUGAAAGAGUCUGCACUCUCUGGCUGGCCAACGUCCCGGGACGGAUUUGCCUGGAGAGAGAGAGAGAGUGAGAGAGAGAAAGAGUGAGGGAGUGGGGAGAGGAAAUGAGCGUAGGGUCUUCAGAAAGGUAAACCAUUUGAUAUUAAUGUGUAGAAGAAAGACAGGGUUUGUUGGGGGGAAUAAGGCAGGAGGAGUUUGGAGACAAGUGCAAGUACAAGGACUCGCUCGGCUUCCCAGGUGUCUGCUGUCAUUGGGCUUUUUUUAGGGCUUUAUUUUUACCUCCAGGACUGCGUUCCUAUACCCCCAGCCCAGAAGUUUACAUCUGCUAGUGAAGUAGUGUUUUUUUUGUGCAUUUUUUUGAUUUGCGUAUCUGGACAUGGCCAUGGCCGAGACGAACCUCAAACUGGAUCAUGUGGCUCUUAGGGAAAUCUCUGACGACGACGAUGACGAAGUGGUUCUGGUCACAGCGGCGGCCAAAACUUCAGUAACCACUCCGGCUUCCAACCGCAAACAUGUAGACGAAGAUGAUAGCGACGAUGAAGAUGAUGAUCACGAGGUGGAUCUGAAGCUGGGACUGGAAAACAGUGACUCCCAGAAAUCCGAAGCUCAGGCUACGGGCAUGAUGGUUCUGGCUCUCUUAGACAAGAUCAUCGGCGUUGUGGAUCAGAUCCAGCUGACACAGAAUGGCCUGGAGUCCCGGCAGAUGAGCAUGGAGAAGAACAUGACGAGCAUCCAGAGCGAGCUGAACAAGCUAGCCAAGAGCCAGGGCGGCACAGCAGGGACGGCCACUAAGCUCUUAGAGAAGGUCCGCAAGGUAAACGUGAACGUGAAGAGCGUACGGGGCGAGCUAGAGAGGCAGGCGGGUCAGAUCAAGAAGCUGGAGAACAACGAGCAUGAGCUGCUCAAGAGGAAGAACUUCAAAGUGCUCAUCUUCCAGAUGAGAUGAGAUGAGAUUAGAUUAGAUUCAGCUUUAUUGUCAUUGUGCAGAAAAACAAGAGCCAGUGAAGCCCACUGUGAAACCCGAGGCAGCAGUAAGUGAGGAGGUGCACAUGUGCUGCGUGAAGGAGAACAAGGCACAGAUGACGUGGUGGAGGUCGAGGAAAUCGUGGAGGAAUCACGGGUGGCACGCAUCAAGCGCAGCGGGCUGCAACGUGUGGAUGAAAUCAAGAAAGCUUUCAGCAAGGAGCAAAUGGAGAAGACCAAGCAGCGAACCAAAGAGAACCUAGAGAAAACCCGUCAGCGAACCAAGGAAAACCUGGAGAAGACACGUGUCAGAACUCGUGAGAACCUUCAGAAAACCAGGGUGACUAUUGGGAAGAAGAUGGGCAAGCUCGGAACGAAGAUCAGACCCAGCAAGGAGCGCAAAGAGAAGAUCCGAGUGUCCCGUGAGAAGAUCAAGAAGUCACGCAAAUCCGAGAACAAGGUUUACGCCCGCUCAAGGAUCACCACUUACCGAGUACCACCGUUCACCUUCUACGUAAAGAAAAUCCGUGAGGGCGUAGAGGUGGAGCCAGAGCCUGAAGAAGAGCUAGAGGAUGAGGAAGUUGAAGAGCUGCAAGCCGAGGACCAGGAAGAUGAAAAGGUGGAGGAGGCCGAGCUGGUGAAUCUGAGAAGCCCUGAGGUUGCGCUUGAGGCCGCCGAAUAUUCGCAACUCGUAAUCAAGGAUUCGGUGCAGCCACAAGGGAAAGCAAGUCAAUGAAGGAAACCCCUUGUCUAAUAAAAAAAAAAGAUUA